AAAAUUAAAAAUCAAAUUAAAGCUUUGAAAAUUGAAAUAAUAAAAAUUUCUCACUUUUAUUUUCUUCCUUCAAUUUUUUUUCCAUUGUUCCCACCAAACACCAUUCCCGCUCCUUCAUUCAUUCAUUCAUUCUUUGUUUUCAAGCAAACGUGAUUUUCACACUUUUCGGGUUUUGUCCAAUUCUUAGAAAUUUCUUAUUUUUUUUUUCUUUAUCUUUUUCCUUUUUUUUAUUUGGUAAUUUUUUUUUCAUUUUCUGAACUUUUUGUUGUAAUAUUGAUUCCCGUUUUCCGCUCCGGCGACCUUCGCCGCCGGCUGCCGUUGAUUCUCCGACGGCGUCUCCUUCAAGAUUUUUUUUGUGUGAUUUGUUGAUUUGCUGGAGAAGGUGGGUGGCAGGAAGGUAGGGGAAGAGAAUGGUUGAUGGUUGGAAGAAAUUUUUUAUUUUUGAAGAAUUUUGAUGAUUUUUGAUACCUGAUUUGUCAUUUUGUUGAAAAUUGAAGCUAUUGGUUGUAAUUUUUGGAUUGUUGGAAGGUUUUGAGUGGGUUUUGAUCGAUGGAUUCGGAAACAGUUCCAUCUCCGAGGGAUUUGUUGAAAUGUUGUGAUUGUGGAUGUAGUUGUUCCUUGGUGGCUCAAUGUUCUGAAAAAUGGAUGCGUUCUGUUAAGCGAAAGCAUGAUGAGUUUAAAUUGGAUAGUGAAUUACCUGUGUCCGUUGCGCGGGUUGAUAUUGUGAACGAAUGUGUUGUUUUACGUGAGAUGGUUAGUAUGCAGCAGAGAACGAUUCAGGAUUUGAAUGAGGAGUUGGAGGAAGAGAGAAAUUCUGCGUCCACAGCUGCGAAUGAGGCAAUGUCGAUGAUUUUGAGGUUGCAGAGGGAAAAGGCGGAAGUUCAAAUGGAAGCUCGUCAGUUUAAGCGUUUUGCAGAGGAGAAAAUGACGCAUGAUCAGGAGGAACUUAUGUCUUUGGAAGAUUUGUUGUACAAGAGAGAGCAGAUAAUUCAGUCGCUUACAUGCGAAGUUCAGGCUUAUAAACACAGGAUGAUGAGUUUUGGGUACACCGAGGAUGAGGUCGAAGGUGAUCAAUAUGAUGAUAUUCCUCCAUACGAAUACCCUCCCUUAAAAUGUAAUGUCUUGUAUAAUGGCAUGGAUGUUGAUAAUGACGACACUGAUAUUGAGAAAUAUGCAUUUGGGGAAACUCCUGAUGACCGUUUGAGGAGCUUGGAGAAUAGGAUUUCUCAAAUGGAGAAAACUCCCACUUACAGCCAGGUGGAUGGUGAUUUUAUUGGAAAAAAUGUUUCGGAGAAAGUAAUUGUUGGACAAUCUCCAAAUUUGACAAGCCACGCGAGGAAAUUUUCCUCUGACUCAGCAACGUUCGGUGGGAUGUGUAAAGAAAUAGGUUCCGAGUUCCCUACGGAGUCUCCCAAGAACAAUAACAAGUAUAAGAAGGAUUAUUUCUCUCAACCAGAGGACAAUUCAAAUUUGAAGAAGGUAGAUAAUGCAUCAGAAGGUGAUGAUACGAGUGACAGAAUUUAUACAAUUGACUCUGUUCAUUCUGGGGCACCGGAUAAUGGCUUUACAGGUUCCAAAGGUGGAGUUUUCGAUGAUUAUGCAACCAGUCCAAAGGAAUCAGGGAAUCAUCAUGCUGAUUUCGAAGAUCCCUACAUUAAGAAGCUUUACAUGAGGCUUCAGGCACUUGAGGCUGAUAGGGAAUCAAUGAGGCAGGCAAUCAUUUCAAUGAGCACAGAUAAAGCACAGGUUGUGUUACUGAAGGAAAUAGCUCAGCAUUUGUGCAAAGAGAUGUCACCGCAAAGAAAAAUAAGUACGAGCAAGCCUGCAAGAUCUCGGUACUUGUCAAUUUUUAAGUGGAUCACAUCAAUUGUUUUUUGGAGAAACAAAGCUCACCAAAGCAAGUAUAUGUUUGGGCUACCAACUGACAGUAUGGGCUUGCUACUGCUCCUUGACAAAAGAACAAAUGCAAGGCCACAGAGAUGUAUUUCAAGUACACAACUGGGAGAUUAAUUCGCAGUUUUCAAAUUUCGGAACACCAACUGAAUUUUAGUAACACUAUAAUACGAUAAGAUUUUUUAAUUUUUGUUUAUUCUCCCCAUAUCUUUCUUGUUGGAAAAAGGGGUGUUUGUGCAGUGUUCGUUUAAUCUUUUAAUUUGAAAUUGAAAGUAAUUUGUUGGUCGUUUCUUGAAACUUGAAAGUAAUACCACAUAAGAGCACUCUCUCAUAUGGUUGGUUGUUGGACAAUCUUCUUUUGUACAUAACGUAUUGCUGGAAGCUCGCUCGCGCUUCAUACGAUUUCUAUUCUCAACCUGACUCUACUAAGAGUAUUGUAGCUUUAUGUGUUGAGAGUUGAACAUUCAAAUGUACCAUAACUUUAACUUCCACAACUUCAGUGCAGAAGUGAUAAUCUUGCAUAUAACCUUGUAUUCUUUUUUAUUUAUUGAUUGAUUUCGUGCAUAGUUA